UCAGUCGGGGAAUGCACUCUUGAGUGUCCUGCGAAGUUUCCUGUAACAAAUUUUCAACUGCGGCUCACAGAGAAAUGGAGACGGAGGUAUACACAUCUGUAGUGAAGUGAAGGGACAAGUAGGGGAAAUCUAACGGUUACUGUUCUACAUCUGAGCAUCUGCAUCUCAGCCUCAACAGAACUCCUUCAUCACUGUGAUUUAAAUCCAGGACAGACCACACCGCUGACUUCAGUACCAACUUGAAGCCACUAUGUCCUAGCUAACAGCAGCCCAGCUCCCUUCCCUGACCACCCUGUCCCUUAAACCCCAGUCCUCCUCCCUCUCGCUGUCCCUCAGCUCCUCUCCUGAUGUGGUGAUUUCUGGUGGCAGCACCAGCAGCGCCCCUUCUGGCGUGAUGAGCAGCUUGCACCAGCAACAUCAUGGCAGCACAGGCUCAGAGCGAGAUCUUCACUCUGCCGCCUCCUCUGUCAGCCUCCCUUCAGUCAGAAAGACCCCCAAGAAGCGCCGUCUGUCCCUCCACUCGCUCUUCGGGCGGCGGCGGCGACCUGACCGCGACCCAAAGCGAAAGUCCAGGCAUCUGCAGACUGGAGCUGGAGUGGACGGCAUUGUCAGCACUGAAAUUGUCCAAUCAGAGACUUUCCAUGAUAAAACUUCUGCACACUCCGCACCGGGUGUAGCAUCAACUUCAUCAGCGUCGGGGUCUUCAUCAGAGCUGCUGGAGUGCCCCCUGUGCCUACUGCGCCAUGCACGCGAGCGCUUCCCAGACAUCAUGACCUGUCACCACCGCUCAUGUGCAGACUGCCUGCGACAGUAUCUGCGCAUAGAGAUCUCAGAGUCUCGUGUCAACAUCAGCUGCCCCGAGUGUUCAGAGCGCUUCAAUCCCCACGACAUCCGGAUGAUCCUGGGAGACCGGGCCCUCAUGGAGAAGUAUGAGGAGUUCAUGCUGAGGAGGUGGCUGGUGGCUGAACCUGACUGCCGCUGGUGCCCUGCCCCAGAUUGUGGUUACGCAGUCAUCGCGUUUGGCUGUGCCAGCUGCCCAAAGAUCACUUGUGGACGCGAGGGGUGUGGGACAGAGUUCUGCUACCACUGCAAACAGCUGUGGCAUCCCAACCAGACAUGUGACACGGCGCGGCAACAAAGGGCCCAGAACCUCCGGCUGAGGAGUUUCAGGUCCUCCUCCCUCAGCUACAGCCAAGAGAGCGGAGCUGCAGGUGAUGACAUCAAGCCGUGUCCUCGUUGCGCUGCCUACAUCAUCAAGAUGAAUGAUGGGAGCUGUAAUCACAUGACCUGUGCUGUCUGCGGCUGUGAGUUUUGCUGGCUCUGCAUGAAGGAGAUCUCUGACCUGCACUAUUUAAGUCCGUCAGGCUGCACAUUCUGGGGGAAGAAGCCCUGGAGCAGAAAGAAGAAGAUCCUCUGGCAGCUCGGCACGCUAGUGGGAGCGCCCGUUGGCAUCGCCCUUAUUGCCGGCAUCGCCAUUCCCGCAAUGAUCAUUGGUAUCCCAGUCUAUGUGGGCAGAAAGAUCCAUAACCGCUAUGAGGGUAAGGACAUCUCCAAACACAAGAGGAACUUGGUAAUAGCUGGCGGUGUGACAUUGUCUGUGAUCGUGUCGCCUGUGGUGGCUGCAGUCACUGUUGGCAUCGGUGUUCCCAUCAUGCUGGCUUACGUCUACGGAGUCGUCCCGAUCUCACUGUGUCGGAGCGGAGGCUGUGGAGUGUCUGCUGGCAAUGGCAAAGGGGUGCGAAUCGAGUUUGAUGAUGAAAAUGACAACAUAGGCAGUGGGGCUGCAGCCACAGACACAACCUCGGUGGCGGAGACGCGGCUCAACAACCCCAGCCUCGGAGAUGGAGCGAGCGUCGGUGGUCUGACAGGCCUGAGCCUCAGUGUCAGCGGGAGCCACAUGGAACGCUGCGGCAUGAGCUCCGCUCAGCGGGACAAUAUGAGCGACAACGCCAGCACCACAGCCCUCGCAGGGACCAGCAUCACUGGCAGCCUGUCUGGCAGCUGCUACAACAGGAUGGAGGUGCAGGCUGAUGUCCAGAAGGAGCGCUGCAGUCUGAGUGGAGAGUCAGCCACUGUCAGUCUCGGGACUAUCAGUGACAACGCCAGCACAAAAGCCAUGGCAGGAUCCAUCCUCAACGCCUACAUGCCUCUGGAAAGAGACAAUAGCCUGGAAGUUCAGGCAGACGUGGAGUCCAAACAGGAGAAGGUGAGACACUGCAGCGGAAGCAGCAGCCUGGAUGAAGCUAGCUGUAGCAGUGGCGCUGCUGGCCUCAAAGGAGCUAACGGCGGCACAUGCCCGUGCUCGUGCCCCUCCACGUGCUGCUGCACUCAGCACGACAACCACUGCUGCCCCUCGUCUCCCUGGUCAAAGGAGCCCUCCGCUUCAGGGGGCAAAAAGAGCAAAGGAAAGCUUUGGAAAAGAGCUAGCGGCAGCAAAGGCGAAACAAAAAUUAAUGAAACACAAGGAGACAUGGAUGCUCAGCUCCUGGAGCAGCGCAGCACUAACUCCUCAGAGUUUGAUUCUCCAUCCCUGAGCGGCAGCCUUCCCUCUGUGGCCGACUCGCACUGUAGCCACUUCUCAUCAGAGCUCAGCUGCUCAGACCCCGAAACCUCAAGACCAGCUCACCCACCCUGCUCCUCCCUGAUGGACCCGCACGCUCAUCAUCCCGUCACCGCCUUCAAUGACAUCACUAUCACACCCUUGCCCGAGGUGGAGAACGACCGCCUGGAGCAUUAUCCACCUCAGUGCAGCCAUGCGACCUUCACCCACCACCAUCUCCUGUCUGCAUCUCCACCUGCUUCGCCAAAAGAGGGAAGUAGUGGGACUUAUCUGUACAUCAGCGAGGAGACUGUUGGCGCUGUCGCAGACACGGGGCCAGAGGAGGGCGAGAGCGUGAAAGAGACCACCAACAACACUGCAGUACAGCCUGUUAGCCCGAUGAGGAAGCGCUGUAUACAAACAGAUAUCUAAAACAACUCUUCACUUCUUCUGCUGUUGGCUUUGUCACCACUGCUAGCUCAAGUUAGCCUUAUCACCUUAUUUCACUCUUGAGCGAAGCAGCCGACUCAUCUUUUGAAGCUGGUGAUCAACUUUCAACAAGUUAUACUACAUUUUUUAAUCUGCUGUGGAGGCAGGAAUAUUACAUGAAUGUCAGUCUGUACAGUUACAGAGAGGGUCGAGGUCGAAGUUGGAGAGAGUAAAGUAAUAAUCAGGAGCACAGUAAAGUCAGAGCAGAUUGUGUGGUUCUGUAAUUCAGUGGCAGGCACAGGCAGACGUGUGAAGCUGUUAUUGAAGCCGCAGAAAGGCAGAUAGAAGGUGGAGCUGAAUGUAUGUGGACAGGUUUAAAGCAGGUUAUUGGUGUGGUGAGAUACUACAGAGGGCUGUUCAUCUAUCCAGCUGUUACGAUGAUCUGCAGAGUCUGACAUUGUCAGUCUGCACCCCUGAAUGAUUUUCUGAAUCCAAACUCAAACCAGUUCUUACUCUUUCCUGAUGCUUAGAAAAAGCAGAACUGAUAAAGCUGGAUAGGAGCAAGUAAAAUGUCUGAUAUCCCUUUCAGUGGUAAAUUGAGCUGCUAUUAUAAAGCAUUACCUGUUCUCCUUUGUCAGACCUGCAAAAAAAUCUGGUUUUCGUGGGGGUUUGCGAGAAUCAGGGAGGGAGAUGUCAUCACUGUGGUCCACCACUGUGCCACCACUUCAUUCUGUGACUUCUCAAUGGUGAGAAACACCGCAGCUGAAGGAUUGUUGAACCUUCUGUCGAGCGUCUAAACCUAAGCAGGACCAGUCCUUACAGUAGCAGAUUUUAUUUUUCCAUAAUCAUCUAUAAAGAAGUGAUUAUUAUUGCUUUUGUUUAAAAUGUGACCCGUUUUUUUUUUUGUGUUAUGUGUUUGCCUAUUUUUAUUUUCCAUUUUGGGAAAGUUGGUUUUAAUGUUGAAGCCCUGUGUUGGGUCCAAACUUUUUAGUAAAAAAAAUAAUCAGGUGGGAAUUGUGUUGCUUCCUUCAUAACUACAGUGGAUUUAAGUUGCCACCUUGCAUUAAUUAAGUCUUCACAAGCCCCUGUCUGCAGUGGUUAAAAUAUUUUUUUUUUGUGUUUGCACCUCUGCAAAUGUAAACCAAGUUUUCACUGCAGUUUUUAGAAUAUCGUUGAAUUAUGAAAGGUAUAUAAAAACUUCUUUUUUUUUUUCAAAUUUUGAAAAUGUAGCAUUUCUUAAAUGUCAUUGGGCUUGUUUUAGUUAUCAGUCACUAAAACUGGAAAGCCAUCCAAACAAUGUAUUUGCAAUAAGAAAACUAAGCUUUUGAGUAACUUUACAAGAAGAGCAGAUAUUUCUGAUCUACUUUAUUUCAGAAAUAUGUUUGUUGUGCAAUGAGAAACUCUUGUUGUGUAUUGGAGCACAUACAUUUCUCAGUGGUUUCAUAUUCAUUAGUGAAUGUAUGUUAAUAAUGUUACAUUUGUGAUUCUCCCUCAGUAAUAUCCAAAUCAAAAUAUUAUUUUUGAUUCAGAGCUUUGGGUGUAUUUUAACUACAGUAUGUUUAAAAAGGUUCUCAGUCCUCACAAAUGCAAAUAAUUUAAUAUUUGUUGGACCCACAGUGCCUUUUGGGGAAAAGCCCUUCGUUAGUGUUUUUAUUUUAUUUUCAUUUCCUCAUUCUGUAUGUCUUCAAAUGAUAAACAUAAAAAUCAUAAGUGAAUGAAUAAUGUUUGCCUCAUAAAAUGCUUGAAAUGCACGAAACCCGAAGCUCACCCUCCCUGUAGCUUGUUUAGUUAACCAAAGACUGCUCUCAGGCCACUGAGGUUUAGACUACAACACUUGACAGAGUACAAAGGUACCUGAACCAUUUCCUUGAAAUCUACUUUAAUACACAAUUAGAGUUCAUUGCAUAUAGCUGAAAAAUGGCUUCUUUUGACCAGACAAGUCAUAGCAAUACAACAUCGGAUAAACCCUAAUUAGGAGGCACAACUUUAAAUCUCAAGACCAAAAUGUUUUGGUUUUUUUUUUUUGCUAUAAAGUCAUUUUUAGGAAUAAUAAUUUGGAAAAUCUUCCCCUUGAAGUAGGCAAAAUCUGUUUAUGUGCUGUAUGAAGGUUAGUCAGCACGUGUUGGCAAUAAAACCCUUCUUAUCCAAAGCGAUCAGCAUCAUGAGCAGCAGCUGCAGAGAAUUUUCGCCCUGACCACAGACUGCUCUGUCGUCUCAGCCAGCCAAGCUCAGCGUGAGCUGCCUGGGAGUAAAGAGCUGCUCAUCACCAGAGUAGCUGUGUUGAUGACUAACAGGAAGUUUUGGUGCAAUUCAAAAGCCUCCAGCUGCAGGAUAUUCACACCUUGUUUAUGUUCCUUCUGAUGAGGAAAAAAAAGAAGAAGAAAUGCCUGUUUAUUUCCUGUGAGUUUUAUAUUAUUAUUUGAAGACUAGUGCCAGGUCUAUUUUUUAACUUGGUCGAAAGCAGCAUAUGCUAUUUGAAAAAGUAUAUAUUUCCUAAUUAUUUGCUUUAUAACGUGCAUAUAAAUGCAUAUCCUUAAACAAUAAAAUUCUCAAUCAAG